UACAUGCGAACUGAAAUUCUGGGAGUUAUUAUCCAUUAGAGCAUCCACAAUGUUUGAUUUAAUUUAUGGAUACAAUUAGUGGUUAGAUGGUAUAGCGGUGGUCGGUGAUGGUUGUAGGAGAAGAGGUCUCCUAGUCACCCUAUUUUGGCCCACGCCGCCUUACUUUUGUCACAUUAGGAUGAUUGGAAGAAAGUGCUUGACUAAAAAACUGAGAGAUACAGAAGGUGAUUUUAAUGAUCUAUUGGCAAUUGAUCGGGAGGAGACGAGAAGUGCGCAUCAGAUUUCCAUCUUGCAAGUCGUAAUUAUCGCGACAUAUGGAGGACUCGACGUAGGUUAUUUGUAUCAUUGUUUGGCCACAGAGGAGAUUAGCCGUGCAUCGGCGUCAGUUGGGUUUUCGUAUGUUUGUCAUUCUAACGUUUGCAUUAAUCAAUUGGUGAGGCAUGGAAAUGUUGCCCAGAAGGAAAGAUAUUUGCCCAAGCUAAUCAGCGGGGAAAAUGUAGGAGCUCUUUCUAUGAGUGAACCAAAUGCUGGCUCAGAUCCUGUUGGGAUGAAAUGUAAAGCUGAACGUGUUGAUGGUGGUUAUGUUUUAAAUGGGAACAAGAUGUGGUGCAGCAAUGGCGGAAUUGCCGACACCCUGGUGGUUUACGCAAAAACAGAUAUCUCUGCUGGGUCAAAAGGGAUAACAGCUUUUAUCGUUGAAAAAGGAACGCCUGGAUUCAUUGCUGCCCAAAAAUUAGAUAAACUUGGAAUGCGUGGAAGUCCUACAUACGAGCUAGUUUUUGAAAAUUGCUUUGUUCCUACAGAGAAUAUACUUGGUGAAAUAGGAAAAGGAGUUUAUAUCAUGAUGUCCGGAUUAGAUUUAGAGAGAAUCGUAUUCGCAGCUGGACCUAUCGGGAUCAUGCAAGCAUGUCUUGAUAUUGUUCUUCCAUAUGUCCGCCAACGUGAACAAUUCGGACGCCCCAUUGGGCAGUUUCAACUUAUGGAGGGGAAGAUUGCAGACAUGUAUGUUGCUUUGCAGUCUUCAAGAUCAUAUGUAUAUUCUGUAGCAACGGAUUGUGACAAUGGAAAAAUCAUCACAAAGGAUUGUGCUGGGGCGAUACUUGUUGCUGCUGAAAGAGCCACGCAAGUUGCUUUACAGGCGAUUCAAUGUCUGGGUGGGAAUGGGUAUAUGAAUGAGUACCCUACCGGUCGAUUUCUUCGUGAUGCCAAAUUAUAUGAGAUUGCUGCUGGAACAAGUGAGAUCAGAAGAAUGCUUAUAGGCCGCCAACUCUUUAGAGAGCAAUGAUAUUUUCAUAAAUAUCAUCACUGAAUAUUAAAUUCAAACGCUUAACAUUUGAAUAACAACUAUUUGGGUUUUACAAGUUUCGUAAUUUCAUAAUUUGGUUGGUAUAAACAUGGCCACAUUCCAUUGUAAUUUUUACGAUUUAAUAAAUC